AUGCCGCGUCGAUCUGCUAGCACAUCUCUCGCCAACGACCCCUCCAAGACCUCGUCCUCAAUCGGAAAGAGCGGCAUCGCCGUCAAGGCACCCUCGAAGCCCAACCGCCUGAGCCAGCUAUUCUCGACCUCCCCUAAAUUCAAGGCAGAGCCUCCGACUGCGCGAGCUGCUCUGCAGAACGCCAGCGGCACCACCACUGCCGCUCCGCCGAUUAGCUCUGCCUCACUGUCCUUACCGACCAUCUCGCUCUCGACAGCAACCGCGGACAACCCAAACAUGAACGAGCCGCCAACCACACUCUUUCAACCUCCUUCACCUGAAGAGGCUCGUCGCCUGGCAAAACAACAUGCCCAAUUUGGCCCCCUCGGUCAUCCCAGCCACCGGUAUUCCAGUCGGCAUCCCGGUGGCCCCUUUCCGGAGCCGGUAAUGGAUGAGCCUCCUUAUUACUAUCUCAUUACAACCUAUAUCAGUUAUCUAAUCCUAAUUGCUUUCGGCCAUGUUCGCGAUUUCUUCGGGAAACGCUUUCGCGAGGAGAAUUACCGCCACUUGAAGCCCCGAAAUGGUUACGCUGCGCUAAACAGCGACUUCGAUAAUUUCUACGUUCGCCGCCUUAAACAACGCAUCAACGACUGUUUUGAACGUCCUAUCACCGGUGUUCCUGGAAGAUAUAUUACUCUGAUCGAUCGAGCCACGGAUGAUCACAACAAAAGCUUUUAUUUGACCGGAACCACGACCGAUACCCUCAACUUGAGCUCGUACAAUUACCUCGGAUUCGCCCAGUCAGAAGGCCCUUGUGCCGAUAUCACCGAAGAAACUAUUCGCAAGUAUGGUAUCACCCCAGUUAGCACUCGCGCGGAGGUCGGAACUCAAGAUCUGCACGUGGAGCUCGAGGAUCUAGUCGCCAACUUUACUGGAAAAGAAGCAUCCAUGGUCUUUUCGAUGGGUUUCGGCACCAACGCCAACAUCUUCCCGGCUCUGGUCAGCAAAGGUUGCUUGAUUAUCUCUGAUGAGCUGAACCACGCAUCUAUCCGUUUCGGUUCGCGUCUCUCCGGUGCUUCUAUUACUAUGUUUCGACACAAUGACAUGCGGGACCUUGAGGCCAAGCUUCGAGAGGCUAUCAGCCAAGGUCAGCCCCGCACCCACCGACCAUGGAAAAAGAUUCUUGUUGUUGUGGAGGGCCUCUACUCUAUGGAAGGUUCCAUGUGCAACCUGCCUAGUCUCAUUGCCCUGAAGAAACGCUACAAGUUCUACCUCUUUGUUGACGAAGCACAUUCGAUUGGUGCCAUCGGCCCCCAUGGACGAGGUGUUUGCGAUUACUUUGGCAUCGACACAAAAGAAGUGGAUAUUCUCAUGGGUACCUUGACCAAGUCAUUCGGUGCUAACGGCGGUUACAUUGCCGCGGACAAGGCGAUGAUUGACAAAUUGAAGGCUAUCAAUUCCGGCAUGUUCUACGGAGAAUCAACGGCUCCAGCGGUUAUCGCGCAGAUCGUCUCGGCAUUACGACUUAUCAACGGUGAACUUAUCCCCGGCCAGGGCGAGGAGCGACUACAGCGAUUGGCCUUCAACUCCAGAUACCUCCGUUUGGGGUUGAAGCGUCUUGGCUUUAUAGUGUACGGUCACGACGAUUCGCCCAUCAUUCCUGUCCUUCUCUUCAACCCUGCCAAGAUGCCUGCCUUCUCCCAUGAGAUGUUGAAGCGCAAGAUUUCCGUUGUCAUUGUCGGUUAUCCUGCGACACCUCUAGUCUCAUCUCGAGCUCGAUUCUGUGUCUCCGCUGCCCACACAAAGGAGGAUCUUGACCGUGUCUUGGCGGCCUGUGAUGAGAUCGGAAACUCGCUUCAACUCAAGUUCUCCACCGGCGUUGCAGGAGGUGCUAUACCUGUCAGCGAUGACAUGGCACCGCCGCCAGAGAAGGAAGUUCAGUGGCAGCAGAAACGGAAUCCAAGAAUUGUUCCUCCCAGGUGGCGCAUUGAAGACGUUAUCAGACGCGGUGUUCAGGAUGUCAAGACAAGCCUGUAUUAG